UUUCCCUCUUUUCAUCCAUCACCUCCCUCCCUCUUCUCCAAACAAGAAUGACAUCUUCCGAUCAUUCCGUACAAGUUGUGGCUGAAAGUCACUCUUGAGAGAGAUCCUUGAUGUUUCUUAAUAUAGAUAGAUAGAUAUAUGGCAACCGUGUUUUCCUCUUUCUUUCCUCCUUGAAAUCCAUUAUCCUACCCCCAGAAUUCACCUCUUCAACCGGUCCAAAAAUCGUAACAAUGCUUAUUGCGAUUUUUGGAUCCAUCCGUUAGGGUUUUAGGAUUCUCAUUCUUCAAGGAUCGAACGCUAACUCUUUUCAGCUUAUGAACCGGUGAUCUUAAGAGUAGGAUCUCCUGUACAACAAAAAUGGGAGCGAAUGCUUCUACACUCAAUCACGAUGCUUUAGCUACGCAGUAUCAACUGAUCAAUUAUGUAUCACAUAGUAUAUUUAUACGUAGGCUAGUGUCUCAAAAAAGAAGGCGGCUGUUAGUUGGUGGUUAUGAUCUCGAUAUGUCUUAUAUUACCCCUCGUAUAUUAGGCAUGUCAUUUCCUGCAGAGCGAAUGAUGGCCAUAUAUCGCAAUCCUAUGUGGCAGGUUAAGGAAGUUUUGGAAAUGAGACAUCGUGGACACUAUAAGGUGUAUAACUUAUGUAUAGAGGAAGAUUAUGAUCCAUCCCAUUUUAAUGGCUGUGUGGAGCGAUGCCCGUUCGAUGAUAAUCAUGUGCCACCCCUCCCAUUGAUCAAGCAAUUAUGUGAAAGUGUUCAUUCGUGGCUUUCAAGUGACCCGAAGAAUAUUGUUGCCAUUCAUUGCAUGGCAGGUAAAGGGCGUACAGGUUUGAUGGUAUGUUCUUACUUGGUCUACACUGGCAUGUUAGCCGAGGAAGCUCUUCAGGUUUAUGCAGAUAAAAGGACGACAAAUAAUCUUGGAGUGACGAUACCAAGUCAACGCCGCUAUGUUAACUACUGGCAAAAAUGUCUUUCAUUCCGUGAAGGCUGUCCUCCAGAUGUGAACAUUCCUGAACCAAGUAGCAGGGUGUUGCAGCGGAUUCGAAUUUACGAUGCAAAUGUACAAACGAUCUUCUUUGUUUUGUCUGAAAUGCAAGAGGUUCCUGGGCAACUUUAUCGUCCAUCUACACAUAAAUGUAAGAACUAUUGCUCCAGAAAGAUAAAAGACAGUGGCAUUGACAAUUUUCUUUACGCAUUCAUCAAGGAAGAUGUCGUCACCUCAGAGCAAGAAAAAUCUGAUGAAAUGAACUAUCUUGACUGCUGCUUUGAUAAAACAUUACAGGUUACUGGUGAUGUUCGGGUCACAUUUUAUGAAAAGAAUGUCGGGGGUCGUCUCUUUUACGCUUGUUUCAAUACUGCUUUCAUCGAAAACAGCUUGCUACAGUUUUCCAUAUUGGAAUUGGAUAAAGUUGGCAGUAAGGCAAAAUCAAUAGCAGGUCCCGAGUUCCGUGUGGAGUUGCACUUUGGUCCAGCUGACCCUAACCAAUUGUUCUCAGCUCCAUCUGAUGGUGAUGAUGAUCCGAGCGAUGGGGGAGACUGCUGAAGUUUUGACCGUAGAUUUAGCCCUGGUUUGACUUUCUUUGACAAUUUUUAAUGGGAAGUGUAAAUUUUGAAGUUGUAGAUAUUACUGUCCCCAUACUAAAAGAAAAGCCAAAACCAUUGACCGCACGGUUUAACAUUUUCAUUUUGUCGCUUUAUGCUACUACUACACACAACGUGUAUCGACUUUCGAGUGCUAGUAUGGGUCAUUUGACGCUA